ACGACGGCGGGCUCUUUAGUCUGCACGCGGCAUCGCGACGCAACCCAACCCGCGUGCAUCGCGCUAAAUACGCUCUCGUGUGUUUAUCAUCUUUCUGAGAGCUGAAUGAAAUCGUCGACCUUGCCUUAGACAAAUCGUUCCGACGAGUGAUCCGUCUCGACUGCCGAAUGAUUGAAGGGUUGAAGACGAAAGUGCGGCAUCCCGAUCAUUAAAUCGGCGAGGAGCCAACCUUAGGUGACAAAAGAAUAUAAUAAAGUCGGAGAAAUUGUAAAGUGAAGAAUGAGAGAAAAAUAGGUGCAAAAAAGAUUCAAGAACAUAUUACAUCAAUCCACUUCCGAUUUCUAAUCGAAAAAUCAAGAAACUCGACGUUACGGCUUGUAAUUUCUCAACGGAUUGAUUAUUCCAGUUAAGCUCAAGCACUUCAAGCCACGAAUCUUUCGUCAAUGAGGUAGAAAGUCUCAGAUUGCUGAACAUGGCAAGUUGCAAUGCCUCUGGGAACAAACCACAACAUGAAAGCGUGGAGCGACGACGUCAACGCGGCUGAUCAUCCGCGUGUUUAAGGGCGAGUAAUCUCGCCGUCGAUCGUCGGUGUCGUUCUGACGCGACGUGAUAGUCUGGAAGACAUUGCGUCAUGAUGUUGUACAGAGGAGGACGCGUCUACGAGGACGAAGGCAACUUGACCUGAAGCAAAGUCGUAUAGACGAGGAUAAGUGCGGACUCGGUUAUUGCCGCGAGAACGACAAUGUCAACGCUUGCCACGGACACAUCGCUACCGUCCACCGCCGUCGCCGAAGAACUGACGACCGCUCUUAUAACCGCCACCGAGAUAGACGCGCGACAGGACGUCAGUCCCAUCUCGGUGGUUCUAGCAGUCUUCAUAGUGUGCAUUCUGUCACCUGUCACUGUCACCGGCAACUCCAUCAUCCUCGCCGCCUUCUACAAGUACAAGAGACUCCGAACCGCUUCCAAUUGCUUACUAGUCUCCUUGGCCAUUAGCGAUUUCGGGGUUGGCGUGUUUAUGCCCUUCGGGAUGCAACUCGAGCUCUCCGGUCUACCGGAAAACGGCGUCUCCGCCCUCUGCAUCGUGCCGUACUGCAUCAUAAUCGCGCUCUGCAGCGUAAGCGUCCUGGUGACGGUGGCAAUCGCGGUUGAUCGUUUGACUUCAUUGGCGCAACCGUUGCGAUACAAGAACAUCAUCACUCACAGCAGCAUAGAAAAGUAUAUCGCGGUUUUUUGGAUAUAUGCUAUCGCCAUCGGCCUCUCGCCCCUCAUCUACGCUCAAAUCACCGGAAAGAUGCAGUCGCAUAGCGGAAGCUGCAGAUUCGACACGGCCAUCCUACCACCGGUCAGGCUGUUUCUGUUCGGGGCAGUCUGGGCACCGAGCGCCUUGGUCCUGCUGAGCUGCUACAUGUACGUUUAUCUCGUCGCACGUGCACACGCACGCGCAAUUUACACAGUGGAAUUAUCAUUCAGACAUCAAACACAGACCUUGGUGCUGCCUCGUUACGGACAGACGUUGGCGGUUACGGUCGGUGCGUUUCUCAUCCUAUGGCUUCCAUUUCAAACUUGCAUGUUGAUAGACAUUUUCUGUGGCACCAACAUCCUGUCAGAAUGGGCGGUGGUGUGGCUGGGUUUGCCGAUUUUAGCGCACAGCGGCGCGAAUCCAUGGGUCUAUGCUUUUCAUCACGGCGAAAUGCGCGUCGCCGCCGGGAAGAUUGCCGAGGAUCUAAUCACUUUGUUCGGUGUGAUGCCGAUCCGCUAUGGUUGCUCGCCCAUGAAACGUGGCUCCAAUACGAAUCUCGAGCUGGCCGAGGUGAACAACGACAGCAAUGAGAGUAGACGGCAUCCGUCUGUGGAGAACUGCUUUACCGCUGCCAAACAGCAUAACGUUCUCUUUGCCAGCAGAAAAUCUGCUCUGGAGAUAUCGGACAGACAGACCGAUAUCUCGCUCGAGAAGCACGACCAUAUCAAUCACGUUGCAUCCUGCAGUAGCCGGCCAGACGAUAUAAUCGAGGAGAGCAUCCACGAUCUGACGAAGAUGCUCGAUCCGAAAUACAUCAUCGAUCGGAAUCACAUAAUUGACUCCAAUCACAACAUCGACAAGAUCAAAAAUCUCAAGUAUUUGCUGGAUCCGACCUUCAACAAGAUUAGGCAUCUUCGACGGUUGAAUCACAAGCGGCUAAACGACAAAAGCUUCCCACUCAUCUCCGAGCCCAAGUUUAUAUCUUAUCAAAACCUGAAGAGCGACGGGGCGCACGGCAGUCGCAGGUUUCUUCCGUUGAACGCGUUGUCGGAUCCGAUGCUGAAUGGAUCGAACAUUUCCGUGGUGAACACGAAGGACUUCAAUGAAGCACUCUGCCACAAUAAUGUUGUUUCUCAGAGGCGAAACUCGAAUUUAUCGUCUAUGUCGGAUUCUAAUCUCAAAGCGGCCACGGCGCAUGCUUCUGGGAGGAGCAUAAAACUCUUCCCGGCAAACGACAAUGGCAUAGAGAAUCGUGGCUAUUCAGUGCAAAAUGUCAAUCACGGAUACGAAGCUGCGUUAGCGAGACACGCGAUGAUGCUCUCUCAACAGCUGGAGGAUCAACGAAGAUCUAGCAGCAAGAUCAUUUCGCAUACACGACCAAAGUUCCGCGGUCAUUACAGACGCGCAAGCCCGAAUCUAAAGCUUAGGUUACGAAAUAAUUCCUCCGUGUCAUCGUCAUCUAUGUCCAACAGCGUUAGACCGGACUCCGACGCAAGCACACCGAAACAAAGCGUCUCGCCGAGUAUCUCGCAAGUGACCAUCACGUCGAACAAACUGGCUAAUCUCAUUAACCUGGAUCCACCGUCGAGAAGCGCUCACACGCACAGAGCAAACCUUACUGCCAGAACUGUGACACAAACUCGCAAAACUCUGGAUAUAUUGAAGCACUCCGAGUCAAUUAAUACAAUCGAUCCGUAUUCAAAGCACCGUGUAACUCUAUUGGAGCCUUCCAACUUGAUGGAUUCCUUGAUCGUCCCGACGAUACACUCGGAACCGCCGAGUCCCGUUGGAAUUAUCGAUCCUUUUAACUCGGCAUCUCUUCAGGACGAGGAAGUGCAGAGUCUCAAGAUCCCAGAAUCUGCUGCAAAUAUGAAUGUUGCACAACGCGCUAAAUCACCUCUAGGUAAGAAAUGCAGUCCCGUGAGGCAUUCGGAUCCGGUGAUACCGACCGUGUUGCUGAACAUCGAGGACUAUAGCGAACCGUCCGAACGAAACGAUAAUCAGAUGAUGAGUCAAGAGAACGAUCUUCUAUCCAGUAACACGCCGACGUUGGAACCGAUUGAUUUGUUUGAAGCGCUACUGAGGAACUCGGACAAGAGUAAAGACGCGAGAUUACCGGAGCCCAUCUUUGGCGAGCACGACUCCACCCGGUUCAGUUCGAGACGGCCAUCCGACUCAAAAUGGUCCGAGUCCUCGAGAAGUCAAGAGAUUCUGCCAAGCGUGACGGAACAUCAAACGUUCCCGUCGUCCUACUCGGUGAACAAUUUUCAGACCUGCAACAGUGGCAGCGAUCUCAACGAUCUCACGUCCUUGGAUCCGUUCAUGUGUCCCGACGCCCUAUCGUCAUCUUUACGCGAGUCCUUCUUCAGCGCGCCGUCUGUACCCAACUCGGACAUCUUCACGUCUUUCGAGGACAGCGACGGACCGAUUUACACGCCCGAUUUCACGCCUGAGUUCGAGCGGGACACGUCGUCGUCGGCGUAUAAUUCCAUGUCGACGGUAAAUCUGAAGAGAUGCGUUAUCGAGGCGGCAUUUCAGAGCAGAUCCACAGAAUCGGUGCACCGAGUCAGGUAUCCGUCGACGCGAUCCUGCGCGAUUCUCAGACUCGAGCCGGCUGUGCACGCGAACAGAUUACGCGUUAGGCCCAGCACGAAUUACAUCCUGAGGGAUCCGCCGAUCAAGAGAAAUCCGCGAUUAGCGCCCCUCGCCAUCCCGACGCCUACCGACAUUUGCACACCUACGUUCGACGUCGUGUCGGAAAUCAAGAGCGACAAUGGUGUCGGUGUCAAAGUAUGAAGCUAGAGUGUGGAAGAAACAGAUAUAAACGGGAAACUUGUAAAUUUUUUGUACAGAAUAUUCCGUACAAAUGCUUGCUAGUCACAGAACUUUAUUCUCUUGAAAAAAUUUAGGAAUUGCAAAUAACAUUCAAAGGGCCUCUAUUGGUCGUGUGUGUGUCAUCCAAUAAAUUGUAAUGUUGAAUUUUUAUUAAAAAAUAUACCUUAAAUAUUAAUGAAAAUAUGUAUUUAGAAGAGAGUUAAAAUAUUUCAACGAUUUAAGUCUGAUAUUAUAAGCAUUUCUAUAUCGAGUCAGUGUUCACUUUAGAUUAUUUAGCAUACAACUCUUUGAUUUAUACUCUUUUUCUAUCGUGCUUAUAAUCCUUCAAUAUAUUCAUAUCUCCAUCUCUCAUAUUUACAUUUUUCAUCUCUGAAAUAAUUCAAAAUCAAUCAAAUUUUUGUAAUUAUAUCUUUAAAAAAAAAAUUCGGUGUUUUGAUUUUAUAUAUAUAAAAAGAAUUUCAAUAAACUACAAUUUUAGUUAUAGGAAACGCGAUAUUAUAUGUGAAAAUCACGAAUACAUUGUAAUAAAUCGCAGCAGAAAAUCGAUGUGUUUAAAGUUGAACUAAUAGUGUCUCUAUGAGGUAAUUGAAGAAGAGAAAACUUUACGAGAGAGAGAAAGAGACACAUUAUAAUCGCUAUUUCGCGCGAUAGUUGUUCAAGUUAAUAAACAUAUUCGAUGUGUAAGAAAGCGAUAAAUUAAAACCGAUAAAUCGUUUCAUCGGAAUUAAGAAUAUUUAAUAAUUUAAAGGAAUGAUUUCUUUGUCGAUUUAUCCGACCAAAUCGUUAUGCGUAAAUAAUGUUCCGUCUCAAAUACACUGAGAAAAAAAGUUGUUUAUUUGACUAAAUGUGUUCAACUGAUUAUUAUUUCUUUAAUUGAAAUAUUUAAAUAUUUAAGUUAAAUACGACAUAUUAAAUUUAACAUGACGUAUUUGACUUAAAUACUUAAAUAUUUCAAUUAAAAAAAUAAUAAUCAGUUGAACACAUUUAGUCAAAUCAACAACUUUUUUUUCUCAGUGUAUGAAUUAAUAUUUGUCGUAUUGCGAGAUAAGAGGAAGUUCUCUAUGCGGUCCAAGCAUUGCCUGUGACGUAUAUCGUAACGUGUAAAUAUAUACGCGCGCGAUUGCGUUUAUUACAUUCUGUGAAUCGAUCUGCAAAUCAAACAGUUAUUCAGAGAAGUUUUGUGAAUCGCAGAAUCGCGUGCCAAGCGAACUGUAUCGAAUCCGAAAGUUUCGCGGACGUCAUCGAGUUUAAGCUUGUAACCUGUUAUCGCUUGUGUACCUGAUGAAAAUGAUAUAAUUGUUGACUAGGGAAGAUCGUAAAUAUAUAUUGCAGAAUAUUUAUCGGAAUAAUAUAUACUUUAGUAAGAUGCAAAACUUGCUAAAAUCUGAUAUGUACAAUGCGGAUAAUAAUGAUAUUUUGCGAAGUCGACGAAUCGCAAGUAUUUUCGUUUGGUUUCAUUUUUGCGUGAUUUUUUUUUUAAAUAUGAAUUAUAGAUAAUUUUAAUAUUCAUCACUUAAUUUUCUAUCAAAAAAAAAAAUAAUAAUAAUAAUAUGGAAAUUUAAUCUAUUUAUGUGUAAACAUAUUUUCAAACAGUAACUCUUUUUUUCACCAAAAAUGAUAUUAAUGGCAAACAGCAAAAUUAUAUGUAUUUUAUACACUAAAUAAAAAUGCGCAAAAUAAAAAAUGAAGGAAGCUGGAAAGAAAAGAUAAUUACACAUACUAGAGUUGGAAGGAAGGACCAAAGUAAAGCAGAAGUAUAAAUUUCGAAGGGCAAUCCAAUAGCGUUAGAUGCAUUGUUAUUUUCUACGGGUAAUCGAAACUACCAUGUGUGCUAUUUUAUCUGUAACUUUUCAUUAUAUACAUUUACAUUAAUUUUUUCGCGAGCGUGCUAUAAAAAUAUUUAACUUUUGUAUUACGUCGCUGUUAAAAAAAUCGCUUUUGCUAACUCGAAUAAUGAAAAUAAUAUGUGUAUAUCUACGGGACGCGAGGAUAAGAGAAAUCGUGUCGCAAUCCUCACAACUAAAUGCCAAUUAAAUAUCGAAAUACUUUUAUACAUAAGAUUAUUGAAAGAAAGAGAGAGAGAGAGAGAGAGAGAGAGAGAGAGAGAGAAAAUUCACGUAUAAAUGUAUAAAUUAUUUUUAUCAUAUACUCUUAUAAAAUACAUUUUUCAAAAGAAGAUAAAAAAUAAAGUUUCCUAUAUGCUCCAUGUACCUAAACGGUGUCCCGAUACUUGAAGCAAUUUAAUAGUCAAUUCGUGAAUUUUAUUGAAAAGAAUUUUAAGGCAUGUAUCAAUAAACAUGAGCAAACGUAUAUAAGCAGCUAAAAAGAAAACGCUUAUUUUCACUCGUAUUCACAUUGACUGAUCUUGCGCGAUUUGUCUUCCAUAUCGUAAAAGUUAUAAAUAGAUACAAGAUCUGAUAUAUCCUAGCUUUAAUUUUUUUUCCUUCUAGAUCUUUUGCCUUGCAAUAACAUAAAGGCAAGUGUUACGGAUAUAAA